AUUGUUUCGCCCAUCUGGCAACGCCGCCAGUCGUAUUGUGCAAAAAGUAAAAUAUAAUUUAGCCAAAACAAAAGCCAAAUAAGGAACAUGGCCCACGACCGCGAGGUGCUGCGAAUGAUCUGGGAGGGCCAGAUAGGCAUAUGCUUCCAGGCGGACCGAGACGAGAUCGUGGGCAUUAAACCGGAGCCCUUCUAUCUGAUGAUAUCGCGACUCAGCUACUUGCCUUUGGUCACCGACAAGGUGCGCAAGUACUUCUCACGCUACAUUAGUGCCGAGCACCAGGAUGGAGCCGUGUGGUUCGACUUCAAUGGCACGCCCCUGCGCCUUCACUAUCCAAUUGGUGUCCUGUACGAUCUGCUGCAUCCGGAGGAGGACAGCACGCCCUGGUGCCUCACCAUUCACUUCUCCAAGUUCCCCGAGGACACGCUCGUCAAGCUCAACUCCAAGGAGCUGCUGGAAUCGCACUACAUGUCCUGCCUGAAGGAGGCGGAUGUGCUCAAGCAUCGCGGCCUGGUCAUAUCCGCCAUGCAGAAGAAGGACCACAAUCAACUGUGGCUGGGACUGGUCAACGACAAGUUCGAUCAGUUCUGGGCCGUCAAUCGGCGGCUAAUGGAACCGUAUGCCGAUCAGGAGUCCUUCAAAAACAUUCCCCUGCGAAUCUACACGGACGAUGACUUCACGUACAGCCAGAAACUGAUUUCGCCGAUCAGCGAGGGCGGACAAAAGAAGAGUUUGGCCGAUUUAAUGGCCGAAUUAUCGACACCUGUGCGCAAAGCUGUUGGAUGUCGCACCCACGGCAUCGAUCUUCACGAGGAGACGCAGCUGCAGUGGAUGUCCGAGCAUCUGAGCUAUCCCGACAACUUCUUGCAUUUAUCGGUGGACUACAAGGAUGCUUAGCCCUAAAUCUAUAUGUAUAUAGCCCUAUAAUUUCCACGUUUUGCCCAGUACGCUUGUGUGUGUGUAUAUUUGUAUUUGUGCUUGUGUUUGUCUGCCUGUGUCCAUGUGUGCUUGUGAGAUUGUGUGCGUGCUGUUCUAUUUUUCGAUUCCAGCAAAUCCCAGGGCGAUCCUCUGCGAUCGAUUUACAGUCAUAUACGAGUAUAUAUGUAUAUAUAUAUAAAUAUAUAUCUCUAAAUAAUGAAAAACGCGUCUAGUUAAGCUAAUCUGUAUGUUAAAUUUACGAUAUAUAUGUGAGCAUUUAAAAGUUGAAAAGUAGCGAGCAGCGCAAACCAAACGAUUACUGAAACUACCCACUAACUAAUAAUACCAAUACAUAUUAUUGCAUAAAGUUGCACUUUUUUUCUAUGCUGUAGCCUCCUAGCUGCCAAUUUAUGUUGCGGAAAACCCUUUUGAAAUUUAAGCACAGUUUUUUUUUACGUUUAAGUACUAGUUUUAUACACUGAAAUAACAUCACGCCACAUUAAUGGAUUAAUGGAAGCUAUUUUGUAUUGACCCAAUCAAAAAUAUAUAUACACAAAAGUUA